AUGUGGAAACUCCAUUUAUCGUGGGAUGAACCUGUUAGUGAUGAGAAGCUUUCUUAUUUAAAAACAUCGAGAGAAUUAAAAGGUGUGAGCAGCCGAGUAAUACAAUUAACUCCCUUCCUUGAUGAAGAAGGCGUCAUUCGAGUAGGUGGUCGUUUAAAAAAUGCAAACAUUCCUGAAAAUAGCAAACAUCCUAUUUUGCUUCCAAAGGAAGGAUAUGUCACUAAUCUCAACGUAACUCAUUACCAUGUCAAUUAUUUGCAUGCUAGUCAAGAGUUAUUAAUAAGCAGUUUACGAAUGCAGUUUUGGAUUCUUGCGGUGAGAAGCGUAGUGAGAAAGAUUAUUCAUAGUUAUAUUCCUUGUAUUAGAAAUCGAGGCAAGACUGUGACCCAGAUAAUGGGUGAUUUACCCUCGCCCAGAGUUCAACCAUCAAGACCUUUUGCAGUCACCGGUGUUGAUUAUGCUGGUCCAUAUUCUAUUAAGUCUCAAGUUGGGAGAAGAACAAAAACUUUCAAGUGUUUCGUAUCCAUUUUUGUGUGUUUCUCAAUAAAAGCUGUACACUUGGAGUUAGUCAGUGAUCUAUCAACUUCAACGUUUUUAGCAGCUCUAAAAAGAUUUAUCACCUGA